AUGUCUGGAAGGUUUUUAAGUGCAGAGGAUCUGUUGAAGCAGUCAAAGAAAUAUUCAGACUUUUCAUUACUAACUUCAUACACUGGAGGUUGCAAGGACUACGAACCUGAUGGGUCCUGGUUUCAAGAAAAGAAGUUGAUAAAAUUUUAUGAAGAGCAAUCUGGUUUGAUGGUAGGAAGAUGGUACGAAGACGUAGGGCAGGUACAACUCACUGCUAACAAGGGCAAGUUCAGUAGAUAUGUAGGUCAGUUCAGAGAUGGAAAACAUUGGCUGAUGCCUGAAGAAGCACUAUUCCUGGUAGACCAGGGCUGUUUGCAAAUUAUGAACAAAGUUGGCGACGACCAUGAUGACGUCAGAAAUAAAAGUAGCCGCAGCAGUAGCAGUAAUGAUGAUAACAAACAUAAAAGGGAUGAUAAUGGUGUUAAUGGUGAUAACCACGAUGAUGAUGAGGAGGAGGAAGAAGAUGAUACUGGUGACGACGACGAUGACGAUGAUGAAGAAGAAGAUGAUGACGACGAUACAUAUCCAAUGAGUGUACAAGAAUGCUAUCACAUCUUGCUGAAUACUCACACUUCGUUCGGUCUCAAUGCUUACCUUGUUUAUUCACAUCUAUGUAAGUUGGGCUAUAUUGUCAUUAGACAUCAAGGCUACAACAUCAACAAUAAAAACCACAACAGCGGCAACAACAACAACAACAUCACCAACAAAUACAAGAAAAACCACAAUAACAUUCACAACAUCGACAACAAACGCAUCAACAACGAUAAUGUCCACAACAUCAACAGCAGCAAUUACGACAUCAACAAAAAUAACAACGACACUAACAACAUCAAUGCAAUCAAGUAUUACGCUAAUAGCAACAACAGCACAAUUAACAGUGCAGAUUGCAUUGAUAUUAGUGUAGAUAAUAGUGCACAGACUACCAGCAUCCCUUCAGAUGAAAUUAAGAGAGAUAGUGGGGAUGAAAGGAAGAGGAAAAGAGAUAACGAUGACGACGAUGAUGGUGAAAAUAUGAUGUCUGAAAAUAAAAUGGCAAAGAAAAAUGUAUGUAACUGUGAUACAAAUGUCAAAAUCUAUAAAAUCAAAGAUAUAGAAAAUGCAUCCUGUGAUGUCCACACGCAGCAGUCGCGACAACAGCAGCAACAGCAACUACUAACGCAACACUCACCACAAGAAAGUACCCUACAUCAGUUUCAGCUGUUUCAAGAGCAUCAACAUAACUCACAACAGCCCAAUCCGUAUUUUCCCAAGCAACAUCUUAGUCAAAAGCCACAAAAGCAACCACAACAGCCACAGAAGCAAUCACAACAGCCACAUCAACGACAGCCUCUACAUCAACAUGGAAAACAACAACCACCAGAAGAGCAACUGCAUCAACAAGGACUUUUUCCAAACGACAGCAUCAUCGAUAAUCUUGACAUAUCUCGAGUGACAGAUGACACCAUGCUGUUAAUGAAACUUUCAUCAUCAUAUUUCCACCAAAAAAGUCAUAAUAGUAAUAAUAAUAACGCUAACAACCACAACAACAAUCAAAGUAAUAGUGAUACCCUAUGUAAGAUUGAAUGCAGUAGUAGUACAACACUCAGGGAUGUUUAUAAACCAGAAGAUGAAAAUAGCAACUUCAUAAAGUUUGAUGUUAGCUCUAUGAGAAAAAAGAUUAAACGAAUUGCUUAUGGGUCGACCACAGAGGCCACAAGAGGCCACCACAACAAAACGCCACCAUCAAAAUUUCGCUGCUGUAGUAGCGUCAACGACUGGACCACAUUCAAAAGCCUAUCAACUACUGAGCGAUUGUUACUCACUGAUUGGAAAGUUCUGUGGCAGGGCGAUAAUGGUGGCGAGAAAAAAGAUGCUGAUGGCGAAAAAGACGGAAACGCUGGUGGUAACGAAGGAGAUGACAACGACGAUGAUGGUUGUGAUGAGGUAGUUCGACCACUCAUCUGCCCUGGUGGUGUUAAUAAUUUAGAUUUGGUUUAUAGAAGUCUGGACAUAAUCAAAAGUGCAACAACCCCUGCAGAAUCAUUUGGUAGUACUGAUGAGAAAAUGAAGCCUGAAAGGCCCAUGUUUGAUGUCUACCAGCCAAACUCCACGUUCAAAAGAUCGAAACCAGGCACUCCUCACAUGCUCGUCUGCUUAGCGAAAAGAAACUUAUUUUUUGAAGAAAUCCUCCAAGUUAUGAAGACAUUGUUAAGCUGACGAAUGAACUACUUACCCGUGAAACUCUACUUGUGUUUGCAUGCGUGCAAGAUGGCAACGUAUCAUUUUAUUCCUACCAAUCUUUAAAUUUGUGCUGUCAAUGACUUUAGAAUGCUUGUUGAAUUUGAUUCUGCAUUGCUUUAAAGAGUUUAAAUAAUGUU